AUGACGACCUAUGACGACAUUGCCUCUGAGCUCCCCAGGCUGCGAGUCUCCUUCGGCUUCGAGAACGAUACUGGGUUCCUCGACAAUGAUGACAACGUCGCCGAGUUCUUCGAUGUCAAGUUCUGUCCCUAUCAGCCCUUAGACUGUGAUCCAAUAUUCGCUGCCGUAAGCAAGAAACAUGUUGUUAUAUGUAGGCUAUCCCAAAGCUCCGGAGAUGCCAACCCUUGCGAGAUUGUUAGUGUCAUCAGAGAUGACGACGUUGAGGCAUCAGCCUGUUGUUGCACAUGGACCAGAGACCCCGUAACUGAACGGCCUCUGAUAUGUAUUGGCGGUGUCGAUGCCAAGGUCAAGAUUUAUGAUGUUAUAGACGGCAAGCUGUUCAAGGUAUCCCACUUAGUCUACAGCCCUAAUCUAUGUCGGGCCUCAACUCAUUAUAUCCAGGAUGUCAACGACUUGGCAACUUCCCCGUCUGACCCAUCCAUUAUUGCUUCGGCAUCGGACGACACAAGUGUCCGCAUCUGGAGCAUUGACCCUAAGCACAAAGAACGGCCUUGCUUAUGCAUUCUAGCCGGCGAGGGUCAUUCCUGGAACCUCCUCAGCGUGGCGUUCCAUGACACUGGCCGGUACAUCCUCUCGGCCGGCCACGAUCAAAUCAUCAACUUGUGGACUCUGCCCGAUCUUCCCACUGAGCCUAUCACUACCCCUAUCCGUGUUCACUAUCCUCACUUCUCAACAUCAGCCGUACACAGCGGUAUUGUUGAUUGCGUCGCCUUCUACGGAGAUCAGAUCCUGUCGCGAGCCUGUCACGACAAUGUCAUCUCACUGUGGAGGAUCGAAGGCUUCUCCUCCGAUGGUCCGCCACCAGCCCAGAGCAUUGCCCCAACUCCUCAAAAUAUUGUCCCUACCAACUAUGACGAGGCCGGCCGCUUGACCCGCUCUGCCUUUGUUCCGACCAUAUCCCCGCAAUGCCCGGCACAGUACACCCGAGUGCUAGACUUCCAUACCCCUAACUGCGGUCCACAGUUCUUUAUGCGCUUCAAGCUGCACUUCGUGCCGGGUCAGCAUCCCGUACUUGCAUUUUGUAAUGCUGGUGGCAAUAUCUUCUUCUGGGACUUUAAGCGAUUGACGGUGUACAGCGACUUCAUGAAGGCACUUCGAAACCAUGACCCUACCAAGGGCAUCCCUCCGCGUCCUUCUUGGCUUCGUCCGCUACAACACCGUCAGAAAGGGGAGGCGACAGGGAAACCCCGAUCCGUCGCAGUCGAAAAAGGCUCCCCUGCCUUAGGGCUGGCUGAUGAGAUACCUAAGAUGACUGAGGAUGUCAAAGAAUUCAAUGCGGAGACCAUGGAGUCGUGGACGUCUAAAUACAGCCUAGAAGAUGCCCAUGAGCCUCUCAGAGCGCACAAGACUGAGUCUUCCUCGGCCAACUUUGUCGGACGGCAGGCCGCGUGGAGUCCAGGAGGUGAAUGGUGUGUUAUCGUAGGAAGCUCCAACACGGCGCUCAUAUUGCAACGCUGGGCGAAAAAGGCCCCAGCAAAGACAGUUGAGCCCCUGAAGGAACCCCGGAAAGAGCCCCCGAAAGAGCAAUAG